AUGCGGCCGUCACUUCUCCGGAUGGCACAUGCCAACACCCUCCACAUGGACCCGGCGCUCGUGCGCUAUGCCAACAUGAACGUCAAGCGCCACGAGUACUUCCGCUGGACCCCGCGCACCGCCUGGCUGACCUUCACCUACGUUGUCGCCAUCCCGAGCUCGCUGCUCUACCUGGCCUACCGGACAGAUGGCAAAUACGAUCUUCGAGGAAAGUGGAGAGGGGAUACCGUUGCGGAGUUUUAG